AUGUUCGAAAAUUCACUAAAGUUCAAUGCUCGAAAAUUAUGGAAAGAUGCCCUUUUCUCGAGUCCACGUUUCCAAAGAGAAGCAGCCCCACGAGGAGUGCAUGAACUGGAGUGUACCAAAUGCAUGAAACUCAAAUGUCCACCUGGCAGACCCGGGCAAGCUGGUCGAGAUGGUGAGCCAGGCGUCAACGGUAAAAAAGGAACUUCGGGAAAAUCCGGUAUGCAUGGACUGGAUUUCGUUCAUGAGCCUGAACCCGUCUUUCCAUGUGUUCUAUGCCCUGUUGGACCACCAGGCAAUCGUGGUGCUCAAGGUGAGGCAGGCCGUGCGGGCUCACCGGGCCCAGGUGGACUUUCUGGGAUUCCGGGUAGGCCAGGUCGACCCGGACCUGUUGGUGCAGUAGGUCCACAGGGUCCUGCUGGUGAAAUGGGCGGACCAGGCUUGAAGGGACCGAUCGGGGACGAUACAAUUGGCGGCACAGGAAUAAAGGGACCACCAGGACCACCUGGACCACGAGGACCUAAAGGAGCUCCAGGACCGAAUGGAGCGAUAUCCUUUGAUAGUGGGCCGUCUGGACCGAACGGCGAGAUG